CCCGUGAUCCACAUUCUGCUCACUAGUCGCUUAGAGGAGCAUAUCCGUAAAGCCAUUGAAAAAGUACGCACACUAGUAUACGAGAUACCGGUGAACACUUCUGGGGAGGGCAUUUCUCGCACCAUUUCGUUAGACGGCGAAGAUGUCGACAAUGACAUCUAUAUCUUCUUACAGCAUUCCUUCACGGAGUUACAAAGUCGACAUCCUGAUUUCCCUCAGCCCACUGUGGAUGAACUUGUGCGGCUGGCGAACCGAGCUGGCAGACGUUUUAUUGUGGCAUCUACAAUGAUGAAGUUUGUCGACGACGGAUACAACGACCCCCGGGAUCGCCUUGAGCUCAUGCUCGAGCUAACCAAUGAACUGCUACCUGGGACGGAAGUGUAUGAGUUAUACAACCGUAUCCUUGCCACCUGUUCGGACCCCAGCCGGGCAUACCAGCACUUGUCUAUUGUUGCUGCCCUUGCAGACCCUCUGCCGAUCUCACAGAUCUCGAAGCUCCUUGGCCCAGGUCAAGGCAGAGAUGUCGCGACCGCACUGAUCCAGCUACGGUCUUUCAUGGAUAUUCCCGCUGACAGCAGCCAUCCCGUGAAUAUCUACCACUCGUCCAUUCGGGACUAUGUUUCAGACUUCUCAAACUGCAGCCUCCUUGGAUUACAACCCAUCACAGCACCACAUUCCCUACUCGCUUCCUCCUCUUUUCGCUUGAUGAUCCAAGACAUUCCAGAACGCACUACUCUCAUGGAUGCGCUCUCAGAAUUGAAGUCGCAGAAUCAGGCUAUGCAACGCCAUGACCCCCGGAACUUGCAACAAUCAUUAGCCUUCAUCGUCGAGCCACCAGAGCCGCUGCAGGUUCUCAUGGGCCUGUUAUGGCUUCAGGGAGCUCCUGGGUCUGGUCUACAGUCUUGGCUAAGGACUUUGGACGGACGUGCGUGGCUGCAGACUCGAAGUGUAGGAGAGUGGCUGAAGACACCGAGCGGCGGGGAGUGGCUGGCAACACCAAGCGGCGGGGAGUGGCUGGCAACACCAAGCGGGAGGCGGUGGCUGGAGACACCAAGCGGGAGGCAAUGGCUGAAGAUACAGAGUGGGAGGGAGUGGUUGGUGACACCAAGCGGAAGGGGGUGGCUAGAGACACCGAGCGGGAGGCGGUGGCUGAACACAUCAAGCGACGAGGAGCUGAAGACACCAAGCGAGGGGGAGUGGCUGAUACUAAUCGGCGGGCGCCUGCUACUAAUUGGCGGGUUCCCGCCACUAAUCGGCGGGUGCCUGCCACUAAUCGGCGGGUGCCUGAAGAUACUGAUACAGAUCAGCAGGGAGUGGCUGAAGACACUAAUCGGCUGGUGCCUGAAGAUACUGAUCAGCAGCGAGUGGCCGGAGAAGUGGAUGGGGACACCAAGCAGGCAGGAGUGGCUGGAGACACCAAGCAGGCAGGAGUGGCUGGAGACACCAAGCGGGACGCAGUGGCUGGAGACAUCAAGUGGGAGGCAAUGGCUGAAGACACAGAGUGGGAGGAAGUGGUUGGAGACAUCAAGUGGGAGGCAGUGGCUGGAGACACCGAGAGGGGGGGAGUGGCUGAAGACACUGAGCGAGGGAGAGUGGCUGGAGACACCAAGCGGGGGGGAUUGGCUGGAGACACCAAACGGGAGGCAGUGGCUGAAGACAUGGAGGGGGUGGGAGUGGCUGAAGACAUCGAGCAGGAGGGAGUGGCUGAAGACAUCGAGCGGGAGGGAGUGGCUGAAGACACCAAGCAGGAGGCAGUGGCUGAAGACAGGGAACGGGAGGCAGUGGCUGGAAACAAAGAUUGGGAGGCAGUGGCUGGAGACACCGAGCGGGAGGCAGUGGCUAAAGACACAAUAUGGGAGGGGAUGGCUGGAGACCCAGAGUGUGCACGACCGCCUACAGAUCCUAAAUGAACUGCAGACUCCAAUCGGGCUUGCAUGGCUGGACACCUCUCACGGGCGAGAAUGGCUCCUGACCCAGAGUGGCCACGAGUGGUUACUCACCAAUUACGCGCAAGAGUGGCUCCUCGCCCCAGGAGGGCGAGAAUGGCUGCAUACUCCGGGCGGACAAAAGUGGCUGCGGACCCCAGGUGGGCUGCAGACUGAACAUGGUCAAGAAUGGCUACAGACGAAGAGUGGGAAAAAGUGGCUGCUGACCCUGGAUGGGCGAAUGUGGCUGCAGACUAUGGGCGGACGAGAGUGGCUGCAGACCGAGAGAGGACGAGAGUGGCUACAGACCCCCCAUGGUCAAGAAUGGCAGUUAACCCCUGCGGCGUCUGUCUGGGUGACGAUGGAAGACUUCUCUAACACGUUGGAAACAAUCAGCGGACACGCAAUUAUCCCACAGUUGCAUUUACCCCCAGCUGUUCAAGCAAUCCAGGAGUUUAAGAACUUACCAGAUUUCUUGAUGUUUCCGGCGUUCCUGGCCUUAAAGCCCCAAUAUCAUUCCACCUCUGUAUCCCUACAAGAUUGUCCAGACAUCGAGGUUCUCCACACUAUGACCACGUUCACAAUUUUCGCAACCAAAGCACGUGAGCGAAGUCAAUCAUCUUCUGACGCUCUGAAGUACGCAUGCCAAAACUGGGUCUUCCAUCUCUCGCGAGCUUUGAGUCCAAUAGACCACAAGCUCAACCUUGCAUUCAAGCUCUUCUGGGAUCGCCACCUCCUCUCCUGGCUUGAAAGGCAGUGGUGCUUGAAGGGCUUGUGUUCCUGCCUGCUUGUGUUAUCGGAAGGACAGAAACUUGCACAGGUGUGUUCUCAAUGAUUUUUGUGUACCCAGCAGCUGACCUGCGCACAAAGGAACACCUCAUUGAAGCUACAGAGUCAUCUUAGUCGCUGGUUUGAAACUGUCGAAUUUGUGCACUGGAUGUCUUGCUGUCUUGUUAUUUCGCAUAGAUAUUUCCUUCACGUCGUUUGUGUAUUUUCAGAAUUUAUGUUGAAUAUUGAACGUUCGAACGUCGGUGUUAACAUUCCCAGUUGCGAAACCCAUCGCGAAGUAUAUAUGAAAAGAGGUUUACCAAAUGUACGAUCAGUCGUUCGAUUAUAUAUGUCAUUGAACUGCUCGUUCAAAAUAUACUAUAGUCUACAAGGAGUGUAUAAAUGAGCCAUUUGAAAGCCCUCACCUUCAGUUUCUUAGCAGAGAUUUUCUAUCGGUCUUUGAAUCAAAUAGGAGUCAUUGUCUUCAUCGCCGAGCUUACUCGUUGAAACGUUUUGGGCAUAGUGCCGAGUCUGGCGCUGUAAUUAAUGUACAGGCUGUUGAGUAAA